CGCGCGGCGUUUAAUGUACCAGUGUUGAAGUAUAGUUGGACGUGUCCGCAACUCAGAAGCCACGCGUAGUCAAUUGUGAAAGUGUUCUAACGCGAUUUCUACAUAGUGAGAGUCUACAAACGUAUUACUAUAACCCUUAAAAACCUCAACUUAGUGCACGCGGUGGGAUCGUUUUGAGAAUUUAAGAGAGCAGGGUUCAAUGGAAGCGAGGUUCGUGACUUGCCGGAGCUUCCAGCAGAUAAAGCCGCCAGAGAAGAGCCUCGCGCCGCAGCCGACGGUGAAGGGGCUCUUGUCUCGCUUCGGCAGCCAGGCCCAGGCACUAUUCGCGCCGAAGAAGCCGCGCUUCGGCUCGUCGGUGGCCAUACACAAGCUCCGGGAGACCAAGUGGUUUAAGCACGAUGAACAGAAUAUCCUGUGCGCUGUGCUCGAGACGGGGUUCGUGCUGGAGGUGCGAGCGGAAGACCCGUUGCCGCCGGAUUCCGCGCUCUCGCCGGACUACCACAUGUAUGCCAUCGCAAUGUGGAAGAAGGGUAAAGAAAAAACAAAGAACCCGGAACAGAUAGAGGUGUACACUGUACAACAGAAAGGUGUGCGCAAACGUGUGAUCAAGACCACCCUGAGUGCCUUCUGGAAGAAAGACUCCGUCAUACGAAUCAAUAACGUUGACGACAAACAGGAGACCCCCAACAGCGAAAAAGACAUAAGGGCAAAGCUUGACAUGGCCACUAAAUCCAGAUUCGAGAGGAACUGGCACAACACGCUACAUUUUGUCCAUUGGUGCCGCUAUGGGGAGACGCCGCAAGAAGCUCGCAUGAGACAGAUAAGCGAGUCGCUGAAAUGGGGCAAUAUUGGCAUGAACAUGGGCGUAAUGCUCGUAAGUCAAAGCAACGCCAGGGCCAAGGCAAAGUCUGUCUGAGUGUUGCCACCCAGCGGCAGCGCCGCUGGCUCGUGCUACGCCUGCUUCUGGUCACCCCGGAACAUUGACAAUGUUUAAAUUGUUUUUA